AGCGGUCGCUACGCCGCUGCUACCCGGGGGUUCAAACGGGAACAAUGGAUCAGUCAAAAUGUGUUCACUAGGAAUCGGGACGCGCCGGGGACUCGCCUGCUGCUGACGGACUGCGUCGUGGAGUGCACAAUCCCAGCUACCGGAGGAAAGCGUAGCGGUAGGAGCGCACACGAUACCUGUGAGUGGAGGUGAUGGACAUAGACGUGCUCAACAUGUUCCUGAUCGCGGGGGGGACGCUGGCCCUCCCCAUCCUGGCUUUCAUCGCCUCCUUCCUCCUCUGGCCCUCAGUGCUGAUCAAGGUCUACUACUGGUACUGGCGGAGGACGCUGGGUAUGCAGGUGCGUUAUGCAGACUGUGGGGGGUACCGCUUCUGCUACUCUGUCAGAGGGAAGCCAGGGACUCGACCCUCCAUCCUCAUGCUGCAUGGAUUCUCCGCCCACAAAGACAUGUGGCUGUCUGUGGUCAAGUUCCUGCCGAAACACCUGCACCUGCUGUGCGUGGACAUGCCAGGACACGAAGGUACGACUCGCACCUGCGCGGAGGACUACUCCGUCCAGGGCCAGGUCCGCAGGAUCCGCCAGUUUGUGGAGAAUAUCCGUCUGAACAAGAGGCCCUUUCACCUGGUGGGCACCUCCAUGGGGGGGAACGUGGCGGGGGUGUACGCUGCCUGUUACCCCAGCGACAUCUGCGGCCUCACCCUCAUCUGCCCAGCAGGACUGAGGAGCCCGAAUGACAGCCCUUUUGUGAAGCAGCUGCAGGCGCUGGAGCGAGCGCAGAGCACUCACGGCAUCCCGCUCAUCCCCAGCACGCCGCAGGAGAUGGAGGACAUGCUGCGACUCUGCUCCUACGUCCGCUUCAAAAUCCCGCAGCAGAUCCUUCAGGGAUUGGUCGAUGUGCGAAUUCCACACAAUGACUUUUACCGAGAAGUCUUCAUGCAGAUUGCAGGGGAGGAAUCCAGACAUUCCCUGCAUGACCACAUGCACCUUAUAACGGCCCCGUUGCAGGUCAUUUGGGGAAAACAGGAUCAGGUGGUGGAUGUGUCAGGUGCCUCGGUACUGGCUGAAGCCCUGCCAGGUUGCCAGGUGGAGGUGCUGGAGAACUGCGGUCACUCUGUGGUGAUGGAGAGGCCACGCAAAACUGCCAAACUCAUCAUGGACUUCAUCAUCGCCCAGCAGAGCACCAACAACAAGAAGCACUCCUGAGCCAGUGGGACCCUGUUAGAGCCCGCUUCCUCCUCACAGCCUGAGUGAUGCAGAAUGUGUUUCUGAUCCUCUCAGGGAGUUCCCAAGAGUUAAUGUAGAAUAAAAGCACAGCCAGUGCGGUGCUGUAGGACGUUUCAGGCCCGGCACCAUGCUGAUGCAUCUUACAGGUGCUCAAGGGUGUUAAAUCUGUACAGGUAGAUACCACAUCUUUUCCUGUAGCUUUAAUCUCAUUUUUACAGGUAUUUCUGAUUGCCUCUUUUUACCAG